ACUGUGCACAACUGUGAAUGUGUAGAGGAGGUAUAAGCUAUAUCGCUGUGGCCGAAAGCCUGGCUAUUCUAGCUGGGCCGUGGGGCGAGAUUCCACCGUAGCGCGCGUCGUCUCUCUUCCAUCGCCAUCGUUGCCACUCCUUCGACGGGAUCUCUCGUAGCUGCGACGGGGAAGGGAUCACAGGUGAAAUACGCGCCCGGGGAUUUCUGGAUGCCCUAGGCGAGCGAGGCCUGGAUCUGGAGCGCGGCCGACCGCGCCGGCAUUCCAAUCCAGGAGGGAGGGAGAUGGGGACGGAGAGUCAAUUGCUCGAAAAGAAGCUCCAGGGCUUCUCGAGGCCAGACAUUCGAAUCAACUCCCCGGACAAACACGGCAGCGACUGGGACGAUGUGAAGAACAACGAGUCGAGCAGCGCAGCCGCGUCGCCAUCGACGUCCUCUCCACACUGGAAGAAAGCAAUGUCGAGCUCUCCGGCAGCAGGGCGUGGCUACGGUGCCAAAGGCUCCAGCGCAGUGAACGCUCAAAAGUUUCGGCAGAUUGAAUGGGUUUUCCAGCUCCAAGACGUUGCCGAGGGUCUCAUGACCAAAAUCUAUCGGCUUCGCGAAAUCCUGGAGCUCAACGACAAUGGCAACCAGCAGUUCUCGGAUGCGUUCUGGCAGUCCGGGCUCUUCCCAAAUGCUCCCAAGCUUUGCACACAUCUCCUCCGAAAGUUUCCAGAGCACCCCGUGAAGCUUCUACCCGAGAAGGUCGAUAAGCCGGGAUUAGACUUGCUUCGAGACAAUGCUGAGAGCUAUCUUACGGCGCUGGAGCCGUGGUUGCUGGUACUGCUUGACUUGAUGACAUUUCGUGAGCAAGCGCUGCGGGUGAUCCUUGACAUGAGCAGCACCGUUGUCACGCUUAUGCCACACCAGAAUCCAAUAGUUCUACAUGCUUUUAUGAACCUUUUUUGUGCUUUCGUCAAAGUCAACUUGUAUGCCGACAAGAUUCCAAGGAAAAUGCUACUCCAGCUAUACAAUCUAACACACACAAUCUUAAAAAGCGGGAGAGACUACGAGUUUUACCACAGACUCGUUCAGUUUGUCGACUCGUUCGACCCCCCACUGAAAGGUUUGCACGAAGAUUUGAAUUUUGUGAGCCAUAGGGUGGGAGAGAUACUGGAUGCAAUUGGUCCGACGAUAUAUCUUGGAUCUGAUUUUGAGCGCAUUAGAAGUGAAGGUUUUCUCAGUCCUUAUCAUCCUCGCUAUCCAGAAAAGCUUACAAACUCGGCUCAUCCAGCGAGGGCACAGGAGCUGGCCAACAUUUAUUCUUAUCGUGAGUGGGUGCUUUUAGGAUACUUAGUUUGCCCCAGCGAACUUUUACGAAUAGGUGCAAUCGACAUUGUGAUGGCAGUCCUUAAAAAUACGCUAGUGCUUCCAUUGUUUCGAGAUGAGUACCUAUCUCUACAUGAGGAAUACCAGCAUUCCGUUUUACCCAAGAUAUCAGAAUCAAGAAAACUUGCAAAAGUUGGUCGUGUGAAACAAAAGGACGCGGACAUGGAGUACAACCUUGCUAAACAAGUCGAAAAAACAAUCAUUGAUGCGCACGACGUGGCCAUCCUUCAAUCAGAUGGCAUUCACAGAGAGCAUCGAGUAACUUUGAAACUUGAACUUAGGAGAAUGAUCGUGUUUUUUACGGACCAGCCAAGUCUACUUGCUCCAAAUGUCCAGAUGGCGUAUGCUGCAUUAGCUGUGGCUCGAGCAGAAGCACUUUGGUAUUUUAGUCACGCGGGCCUCGUAGUCGGAAGGGCCAAAGGAAAUCGUGUUAUGCCCGUUACUGUUGAUCCUUCUGAUCAUACAAUAGGCUAUCUUUUAAAAAGUAUGGACAAGCUUAUUGUGCUUAUUCGGAAGUACGCCUCAGCCAUAAGAGCAUUUUCGCUGGGACAUCUCACCGGCAUAGCACAAAGGAUGCGAUUACUUUUUGAAAGCCCUGGUGCUGUUGCUCUAGAUUUUGAAAGUGACUUGCGUAACAGUUUUCUCGCUGUUAUGGAACGGUUGGAGACACUGCCUAAACUACAAACUGAGAAGCUCAGGCACAGCAACUUUGAUCUAUCUGUAUUUCGCCAAGACUGGCUAAGGAUUAUAAUGACAGUUUCAUCGUCGCGAUCUUCAAUAAAUUUUAGGCACUUGGAGAAGGCCACAAUCUCAACUGGAAAAGAUAGCAUAAUAACCGAAGGAAACAUGGCUUACGUGUGGUCCAGGAGUGUGGAUGAUAUGCAAAAGGUGCUAUCUCAACACGGAUCCCUGAAAACUUUAUGUUUUUACAGAGAACAUCUCAACAUGGUGUUUCGUCAUACUAUGUAUGGGCCUGAAGGACGACCUCAUAACUGCUGCGCCUGGUUGAGCAUCGCGAGCACCUUCCCGGAAAAUGCCCACUAUAGUGUGGCCGAUGAACCUGCAAAGCUUGCGGAGGAUGCGAUUUCAUACGCCGAAACGCUCCUUAACUACAUAAUGAAAGGAUUCGAAGGACUUAUCAACCUUCUCGACUCAGAAGAAGGAUUCGGACGCCUUGAUCAGCAGCUUCUUCCUGAGCAAGCAGCUUCGCGCUUGAACCAGGUAGCAAGAGCUGGAUUUUCUUCCAACAAGUCGGUAAGAGUGAGCCUUGAUUUACCUGGUUUUGAAAGCAAGCCUUCCAAUAAGGAGUCGAUGAAACUGAUCGACGCAGCCGUUCAAAGGUUGACUACGUUUUGUUCCGUGAUAAACGAGAUGGAGCCUGUCCGUGUCGUCAAUCAUGUAUUUGUUCCUAGAGAGUACAUGAGGGACCGGAUACUCGGCAACUUUCGCUCCCAAUUGCUAAAGAUUCCACUCAUUGAAAAAGACUUGCAACGGCCGUCAGUAAUUGAAGCUUCCAUCCAGCGCCACAUGACUAUAAUCCAUAUAAUUGAGCAGCACGUUGGCAUGGACUUAACUCAAUCCGUUCGGGAAGUCCUGCUCAAGGAGGCGAUCUCGGGACAUCCGCAGACCUUCAUUCCGAACUACGUGCCUGAUGCUAAAGUCGGUGGCUCAGCAGCAUCGACUAUCUGCGACUGGUACAUUGAGAACAUCAUCAAGGAUGUCAAUAAUGUGGGAGUUAUAUUCACACCAUCGGAGAAAAGCUUCAGGAGUGCGAGGCCCGUGGGUAAAACAGCAGCACACAUGGUAGCGGACGUGACGGAGCUCAAAGCAUUCGUUCGAAUUUUCGGGCCUUAUGGAGCUGAUAAGCUGGACAACGAUCUCAGGGAACAGCUCGCGGUGCUAUUAAACUGCAUCGACAUCACCUUACGCUCCAAUAAAGAGGCUCUGGAGAACCUUGCGACCAGUCUCCACAGCAAAAGGGACCGAGACGCUGCGCUGAAGAGCAUGACCGAGCUUGAGACGCUCAUGAACUUCUCGCUCCAAGCCGGCCAUAUCUUGAGCUUCCGAUGCCUCCUCGCCGAAGCGGCCUCGCAAGUCCUCGAAUCAAGCGCACCUUUGCUGGCUUCACUCGUCUCGGACUUUGCAAGGCACGCACCGCCAUCUUUUCCGGAGAAGCCAGCAGUCUCAAAGGUGAAGAUGCUAGCGUGCCAGUUUGGAGCAAGCAAAGACCAGGACUCAAAGGUCGUCCAGUCCAUUCUCUUGAACUUGGGAGGAGCUGGCGAUUCUACCUGGGCACUCGUUCCAUACUUGUACGUUGCUCUCAUGACGUCCAGUGUCUGGGACGACAGUAGCUUUGACAUCCAUGCCGGAGGCUUUAACAAUAACGUUCACUGCUUAGCGAGGUGCAUACAUGCUGUUGUGGCUGCGAGCGAGCUGGUCCGCUUCGAGCGCAGAGAGCUCCAGAGAAGGAUGAUUGCUCAGCAGCAUCCCGAGCGAAAGAUUGAGGACUCGGACUCGCGGAUUCUGGAGAACAUCGAGAUGUCAAUCAAGGCGAUGAUGAAAACAUUCCUGCAAGGCGCUGCGGUGACCGCAUUGGAUUUGUCAUCUGAUGGAGCCAGGGGCGGCCUCGUAGCAAAGCUGAUAUUCUUGGACCAGCUCUGUGAUCUUUCAAACUAUCUUCCGAGGAGCACUCUCGAGGCUUGCAUUCCGCGCUCGAUGAUGCGCUCCAUCUACCAGUCAUACUACGAGAACUCGGUCCCGACGCUGAUGACCCAGUCAAGGAGGCACGGCUCGUCUUUCAACGUGAGAAACGGCCAGGUCGUCCCGGAAUCCCACGUAGCCGAGGGCAUUCUUCCACCAUAUCCGCGCACCACGGUUACUGCUACUACCUCGAGGGCGUUCUCGAUCUCUACAGAAGCAGGAGGAGGAGGAGGAUCCAGCAACGCUCCCAGGAAGAACGAGAGGUUUUCGGGGCCGAUGAUGCUCGACCCGGACGGAAAGAAGGCCUCGUUCACAGAUCCAAGCUCCACCCGGAAGUUUGCCGUUUCAUCGUCACGGGCAGUGCAAGCGUGACAGUAAUUCUUUGUUUUCUUUCGUUUGUUUCCUUUCUGACUGUAAAAUUGAAUAAUCAAUUUCGCAUUUCUAAUCUGAACAUGAUUUGAA